UUUUAUUUUACGGCAGUGGUGUUAUCGACCUGUUUAUCACCUCUAUACUUUAAAAACAAGUGCAAAAUUUAUUCAAAGAGAAAAUUUUAAAAAAUGUGUAAUAUAAUUCUUUAAUAUAAUAUUCUUUUUCUAAUUGUGAAGUAUGCAAUAAACUGAUAAGAAAAAGGCAAACAAUUCAAAGGAUUAAGACUAAUUGAAGAGUGAGUGGUAAACGAAAGAAAAAAAAAAAAGGAAAAAAAAAUUAAGUGACCGUAUUGCCUAUGAAUGGUGCAGAGGAAAGUGAGAAUUUUCUUUUCACCAGCGUUGCUGUUGUUAUUCUUCUAGCUGUGUAAAAUUUCUUCAGUUUUUAUAAAAUCCUUGCAGUGUUUUAUAAUGUAAUUGGCAAACGCGUCAGUUAAUACACUAAUAAGAAAAAAAAAUGACUAUAACCUAUAUAAGUAUUUCCCCAAAAGAUUUGCCAGGAACGAGUUGUGUUGUGGUAACUAAACGAAGGCAAUGAUUUUAAAACCGAGUCAAGUGAAUCUCCAGUAACAACAACAAUAACAACUUUAGUAAUAAUAAAAAAUAAUAACAGUAGCAGAAUACACCGUAAAACGGGGCAGACAGAUCAACAAACGCAAACAUAUACGUACCUACACGGAUUAAGAUUUAUGAACCUGCACACAAACGCAUACACACACGCAUACGCCCACUUACACAUUCAUGAACAAAACACGAAGCGCACAAUAUCUAAAUAAUAUUCGUAUGACACAUAUACAAUCCAUACAUAUGUGUAACUGGGCAAGAAAAGGGCGAGAGCUGGCCGUAGGUGGUGUACGGUGGGUACACUAAAGUACAUAUGUUUUGUGUAAAGAAAAGCACGAAAAAGUAGAAUCAAACCGUACUGAAUUCUUUAAAACCGACGGUUGUUGGAUAAAAUCAAAUACCGAGAGAUACCAACCCCCACCUGCCACACAAGUAGACACGUAUUUUAAAUGAAAGUUACACUAAAGUGUGUGUGCAUUACGUUUUCGUUAUUAUUACACUUUUCAUUUUCGAGUGCUUCUAGAAUCGGCAAAGCACAGCAAAGCGAAACAGCAGCCACGUAAAGCAAGCAAGAGUCUGAUUGUAAUUGCAAUAGAAAACUACAAACCCAGCAACAAAUUGUUGCAAUUACAACAAAUACAGACAAACAAAAGACCUGAGUGAAAACAAAACCAAAAACUGAAGCACACGUAAAGAAACGAACUGGCGAGAGCUUACAUAAAUUUCAGGAACUAGAAAAGUUCUAAAAAAGGGUUAUUUUCAACUAGAGAAGAGCAGGGCAAGAGAAAAAGAGUUAAUUUCAUAGCAGCCAGGCACUUGUUUUUGUGAUUCAACAUCUUUUAACAACGUCGUCUAGUAAAGCAACACAGCACGUUACUGUUGCUGCCGCUGCCAGUGGAUUGCCAUCAACAUCAUCAUUAUCGUCAGCCGCACAAGCACAAUUACAACAACAGCAAGUCAUUAAUACAAAUAAAGUUUUAACAACAGCUCACACUUAUCCACAGCUUCUGCAACACCAACAGCAACAGCAAAAUCCGUUACCAGCGGCAGCAGCAGCGGCCACAGCACACGCGGAAACCUCAUCAACUCCAACGGCAGCCGCAGUGGCAGUAAUAGCGACUACUAAACGUAGUCGCCAACAAAGACGCAGCAUCAGCACUAGCACCACGAAUCCACACGGUAAAGGCGGUACCACCGGCGGCGUCGCCACGACUACCAACAUAAAACAGAGCGCCAGUCGUAACAGCAACAUUCGCAGUUCUUCGUCCAAUAGCACAAUGGCCUCGUCCAAUCAUCGCGGCGGGGGUGGUGGUGGUGUUGGUGGUGGUGGUGGCGGUGGUGCGGCCGGUUCCGGUUUACAGGUCGGCUCAGCGUGGUUUCAACGCAAAAUUAACUUACGACCACAACAUCGAGGUGUUCAUUUAGUCACCGAAGAGAUAUUGAGGCAAAUGCCUGAAUUGGGACAGUUUUCGGUGGGUCUAUGUCACGUGCAAAUUUUACACACAUCAGCGAGUUUAGCGUUAAACGAAAGUUGGGACCCCGAUGUGAGAGACGACAUGGAAAUGAUGCUAAAUAAAAUAGUUCCCGAAGGUUUGCCAUACAGACAUUCGUGUGAAGGACCCGAUGAUAUGCCCGCUCAUGUAAAAGCCUGCUUUCUUGGUAGUUCUUUGACAAUCCCUAUUACGGAUGGUAAAUUAUCGUUAGGUACGUGGCAGGGCGUUUGGCUGUGUGAGCAUCGCGAUCAGGCGGGCUCGCGUAAAUUGGUUAUAACAUUAAGCGGGUGUCCGAGAGAGACGGCACGCAGCCCACUGUCACCGGUAUCGCCUAUUGCUUCUACAUCCAGUUAGGGAAGGCCUCGCUCCACCCGCGAU